AAACGAGAGACAGGGGAGAGCAACAACAGUAGACGAACAUUCAGAAUAUCUCAGCACCUCCCCUGACUUACCAUACCCAAGGAGCGACAGAAACGAGAGCCAGGGGAGAGCAACAACAGUAGACGAACAUUCAGAAAAAACAACAAAACUAGGUACCGACGGCAGGACACAAGAAGAUAUGUGCAAGAAAAAGUAGAGCCAGAAUUCCAUCCAUCAUCACAGCGAGCAACAAGAUCACCAUUGAAGCAUCAUCAGCACCAGGGCGAUCUCUUUUAAUCAAUGGCCGAGAUCAUCAGGUCUGCCAUCAUUGGGGAGACAGUUAGCCAGAUUUUUUCUGGCAUAACCAACGGGAAAGACGAUGAUAAAUCAGAUGAAGCCAGCGGAGGAGGUGGCCUAGAGAGACUGGAGAUGGCACACAUCAAAAUGGAGGCUGCACUCGAGAUGUCUGACAAGUGGCAGAUCACCGAUGUGUCACUACUUCAUUGGCGUAAGAAGCUGAAGAGUGCUGCCCAGGAUUGCAACGACGCAGCUCGCAGAUGCUGGGAGCUCUCUCUGGAAGAAGAUGAGGCAGAGCAGGUGCUAAGAAAAUCUUCGUUUGCUACACGGAUCGCUCAUGCGACCAAGGCAUUUGUCACCUCUUUCAUUGGCUGCGAAGGUGAUCAUUGCUCAGGCAGCAUCACCGCCGCCGUUCGAAGAUUCGAGAGGUUUGCUGAUGGUGCUACAGAGUUCAUUCGAUGUGUGCAGCUCGGUGGAACACCUCGACAGCCCCUGUUCUUCGACCCUCUCAUCAGGCAUAUCUUCACAGGCAAAACGCUGCGGUAUAUGGUGAUGCAUACGGGAGGCCAGUAUCAGUACUUCGGCAUACGUCCUAUGGCCUUUGAGGAGCGUGGACUGGAGGCCAUGCUAUCCUUCAUAUAUGAAGAUUUCAAGGUGCCCAAGAACAGUUUUCGCCUUGGGUUCAUGCUGCGUCUUUCAGAGAGUACAGACAUUAUCGGAACUACAGUCAAGUGCUUGCGACUGGUGACACCUCACUUCAAGUCCACGGCCGACGCUGUGAUCAAAGGUAUCAUCCAACUCCCUACCCAAGAUUUUUCAUGUUUACCACCAGAGGCUGAGAGCACAAACAUGCAACACAGGAACCAGAUCCACAAAACUUUUACUGGAUGGUUCCGUCCAGAUCCAUUAUGUUGCCAAGGAUACAAACAGGAGGUCGUGCCUUCUCAUGUCGGUAACUGCGGGAACAAAGUGAGACUUUCAAGCAUACUAGGGGUUGGGUGGCACCUCUUGAGCGGGAGCUAGGCGGUGUCAGGUUGGGGGCGCGCCCCUUCCUCCUUCCUGAAUCUACUAACUUAUAUGAUUGUUUUUAAACAACUGAUAUUUGAAA